AUGGGUUCUAAAGUCAGAUCUAAAAGAUCAUUGGAAACCGUAAGUGACGGUAAGAAGAAAGCUAGAAUUGCUCAAGUCGAUAGUGAAAGUGAAGGUAGUGAAAACGAAUUUAAUGAAAGUGAAGUCAGUGAAGAAUCCCAAGAUGAGUUAGAUCAAAGUGAAGAUGAGUUAGAUCAAAGUGAAGACGAAUUAGAUCAAAGUGAAGAUGAAUUAGACCAAAGUGAUAACGAAGAUAAUGAAGAAGAUAAAGAAAAUUCCACUGACCCUAAUAAAAAAUCAUCAAAAGAACAACAUGCUGAACAACGUAAAUUAUUAGCUGAACGUAAGUUAAAGAGAAAAUCUGGUGUUCAAGUUCAAGAAAUUAAGAGUUUAUGGGAAAGAUUAAGAGUUAAUAAACCUCCACCACCAAAACAAGUCAGAGAAAAGUUAACUAAUGAAAUAUGGGAAUUAUCUAAUGGAGUUAUUUUGGAUUUAGUCAUGAAACAUGAUGCUUCAAGAGUGGUUCAAACUUUAGUUAAAUAUGCAUCUAAGGAAAGAAGAGAAAUCAUUGUUAAAUCAUUGAAAGGAAACUUCUAUCAAUUAGCCACUUCAUCUUAUGGAAAAUACUUAUUAAUCAAAUUAUUACACUAUGGAUCUAAAGAAUCUAGAGCAUUAAUUGUUGAUGAAUUACAUGGUAAAUUAAGAAAGUUAAUGAGACAUAGAGAAGGAGCUUAUGUUGUAGAAGAUUUAUUCGUUUUAUAUUCUACUGGUGAACAAAGACAACAAAUGAUCAGAGAAUUUUGGGGAGCUGAAUAUGCUGUUUUCAAAGAAAGUGGUAAAGAUAAAACUGUUUUAGACAUUAUUGGAGAAUCAGCUGAGAAGAAACAAUUAAUCUUAGCUAAUUUAAAUGGUACUAUCACAGCAUCAGUUGAAAAAGGAUCAACUGGUUUCCAAAUUUUACAUGCGGCUAUGAAAGAAUAUAUCACUAUAUUAUCAUCAGAUAUAGAAGAAUUCGAUAAACAAAUCAGAGAAUUUGAAGAAUUAUUAGGUGAACAAUUUGCUGAAUUAGUUCAUACUUCUGAAGGUAGUGAAGUAGCUUGUUGUUUAAUUGCUAUGGCUAAUGCUAAAGAAAGAAAAACCAUAAUGAAAACUUUAAAACAACAUAAUAAAGAUUUAAUUAAAAACGAACACGGAAAUUUGGUUUUAAUUACUCUUUUCAUGACUGUUGAUGAUACUGUUUCUUUACAUAAAAAUUUCGAUAAUGAUUUAUUCACUCCUGAAUUAUUACCUGAACUCAUUCAAGGAAAAUUCAGUAGAAGACCUUUAUUAUAUUUAUUAAAAGGUUUAGAUGGGAAAUAUUUUAACCCUCUUGUUAAAAAAGAAUUAAACAGAUAUGAGACUUUGGCUUAUCAAAAGACUUCAAAGAAACCUCAAGAUCAAAGAAGAGAAGAAUUAUUAACCAAAUCUUUACCUAAGAUAUAUAAGAAUAUGCUUGAAAGUUUUAAAAAUGAUGAUACUUCAAUUGAUAAGAUAUUAUCAUCAAAUUUAGCUACUCAAUCAUUAACUGAAUUAAUUUUAACUCCAACAGAUUUAGAAUCAGUCAAUGAUGAUUUAAGACCAAAAUUAAUCGAUGAAAUCUUUAAUGCUGUUAUUAAAGGUGAUGUAUUGGAAGAUUUCCAUUUAUUGAAUAAAGUACCUUUCAUUUCAAGAUCUAUCAAAUCCUUGAUUCAUGGUAAUGAAUUCCAAUUCAAUCAAGAGAAGAAGAAAUUAAUCAAAGUUGAAGGUUCAGAAAUACCAGGUAUUGGUAAAGAAUUUGCUUUAAGAGUUAUGGAUGAAAUCUUAAGUAAUGAUAAAUUACAAGAUUGGUGUAGUGGACAAGGAUCAUUUAUUAUCGUAGCUAUUUAUGAAGUUUUAGAUGCUUCUAAUGACAAAAAAUUGAAAGAAUUAACUGGUGCCAUUAAGAAAAUAAAGAAACAAUUAUCUGAAGAUGGUGACAAUAAAGGGGCUAAGAUUUUAUUGAAUAUCAUUAAUUAG